AUGUCCUUCCACCCCCAGACACCACAGAGUCCCUCGCAAUUGUCUCCCAGUACCAUGGAGCCUCUCUCAAGCAUGAACAGCUCAAUGACCUCAAUCACCACAGCCUUGCCGACGCCCGCACACAGCGUCAACGGUAGCUCCCUCCCUGCCGAGACCCCUCACGACGUCACCAUGGGCGACGACUCGCCUCAAAAACGCAAGCGCGCGCUUGACGAUCUCGGAGAUCGAGAGCAGAAGAAAGUCCACAUCGAGGAUCGCAGACUUGGUAUCAAAGACCUCCACCAGGAUGUCGGUGAGAAAUACCUGCUUUGCCAAACUCCGCUCACGCCGACCUUUCCCAACGUCUCUGACGACCUCUACGAGGUCUUCAACCUGACGGGUAUUGCCGCUGAAGUAGCCCGCACGCUUCCCAACGGCGAGAAGAACGCCAUCCGGAAGACGUAUAAGGGGCAUAUCAAGAAGCUCGGUGUCAACGGCCACUUCGAUUCCGUCAGGAGAGAGCUGAACGACGAGAAUGGCUUCAUGGCUCUGAUUCACUGGCCCGAGCAAGAAUGGAACAUGCGCCACGUCAAGGGCAGAGAGAUCGAGCUAGGCCUGUCGGCGGAGACACAGGCCAGCCUGCGGAAGGCCAUGACGAUGGCCAAGGGUCCGAUCAGGAAGGACGUCUGGGACAGUUCAGUGCUGGGCGACCUGUCGUCGGAAAAGCUCGCCGCCGCAAGCAAGCAGUCGUCUUCUGCGAGACCAACGGCGCCCAACACUCCUGCUCACUUCUCCGGCGCUGGAGUACCGCGGCCCAAAGGUCAACUGCCCUUGGGCCAGGAUGGCAGACCUCGUCGGAGUAUCAAGAAGCGGAGCUAUGGAGACAGCAGUUUCGAGGGAUACGGAGAGGGCUUCCCUGACGAUGACGGAGGUGCAAACAGUGGCUACUCUACUGGCGAAGGCGAGGGCGCCGGCCAGAAGAGGAGGAAGAAGGUGCUUACUGGCCUGUCUGAUGUUGCUCGAGUCUUUACUGACACGCCGCAGAACACUGGACCUGCCCAGUUCUCUACUCCGCCAGUACGGCAGCAGAGCUAUGGCCCAGGGAUGGUCGGGGCUUAG